AUGGGAAGUAGUGAGAUGGAGAAAUCGGAUAAAGAGAAAGAACCUAAGACUCCUCCUCCACCUUCUUCUUCUACUCUUGCUACUUCACAGGAACCUUCUUCUGCUGUUAAUGCUGGAAUGGCUACUCCAGAUUGGUCUGGUUUCCAGGCUUAUUCUCCUAUGCCGCCUCAUGGUUACGUGGCUUCGAGUCCUCAACCUCACCCUUAUAUGUGGGGCGUUCAGCAUAUGAUGCCUCCUUAUGGAACACCGCCUCCUCAUCCUUAUGUUGCAAUGUAUCCUCCAGGUGGCAUGUACCCUCAUCCUUCAUUACCUCCGGGAUCUUAUCCAUAUAGUCCCUAUGCUAUGCCUUCUCCUAAUGGAAUGGCUGAAGCUUCUGUAAAUACUGGAAGUGGUACCGAGGGUGAUGCUACUAAACAAUCUGAUGGGAAGGAAAAGUUGCCAAUCAAAAGAUCAAAAGGAAGCUUGGGAAGUCUGAAUAUGAUUAUUGGAAAGAACAAUGAGACUGGGAAAAACUCCGGAGCAUCAGCUAAUGGAGCUUGUUCUAAAAGUGCUGAGAGUGCUUCUGAUGGUUCAAGUGAAGGAAGUGAUGCAAAUUCACAAAACGACUCUGGAUCUAGACACAACGAGAAGGAUGGUGAAAUAGCUUCAGAGGGUGGUGGUUCUGCUCAUGGACCACCCCGUAAUGGAAGUAAUCUACCGGCGAAUCAAGCCAUUACGGUUAUGCCAGUGUCGGCUACAGGUGUUCCGGGCCCACCAACAAAUUUAAACAUCGGAAUGGAUUAUUGGAGCGGUCAUGGGAAUGUUUCUACAGCAGUUCCUGGAGUUAUAGUAGAUGGUUCUCAAUCACAACCAUGGUUACAGGAUGAAAGAGAGCUUAAGCGACAGAGACGGAAGCAAUCCAAUAGGGAGUCUGCUCGUAGAUCCAGGUUGCGUAAACAGGCGGAAUGUGAUGAGCUAGCACAACGAGCAGAGGUGUUGAAUGGAGAAAACUUGAGUCUUAGAGCAGAAAUUAACAAACUUAAAAGCCAAUAUGAAGAGCUUCUUACUGAAAAUGGCUCUCUCAAGAACCGAUUUUCGUCAGUCCCGUCACUUGAAUUGGCCAAGAACGGCCAAGAACCAGUGACAAGCACACAUCAGGAUGUUUAA